AUGGGAGUGAAGGCAGCUGUUGGUCAAUGGAAUCCAAGCGACCAAACAUUGUCCGCUCUCUGCCUGGGCUGGAAGUGCUUGGGCAUACGAAGUAUAACUGAUAAUAAUAUCAUAAAAAUGGACAUUAGAACCUUUUUUAAUAACACUACCAGUAAAUUGAAGAGGAGGCUGAGCUUAAAUGAUAGCAGCUCAAGUGAAGAGAGCCACGCGGCAGAUAUGACGGCGGAUGAUUGCCAUGCCAACGAUAUUGGCAAAUGGGUGGCUUUAGUCGGUACGAUGAGUGAGGAGCAGAAAAAAGAACUAUUGGUUAGUUGUUGGAAGCCCGACCAAAAUUAUAGUUUUUCAGCUGAUGCAGCACACUUGAAGAGAAAAUACAAUUGGUCAUGGUUAGAUUUAUACAAACCAUGGUUGGUGUGCUCGCGCAGGCUAAAGGGCGCUUUUUGUCUUUAUUGCGUGCUGUUUAAGCCUCUCAACAAACCUGGCGUAAUUUCCUCGUUUGUUGUACGCCCUUUUACAAAAUUUAAAAAUGCAUCAAGCAGUUUGCAUAAAGAAGCUACUCAAUCAGCAAUGUCAUUUUUAAAUUUGCAAUGUGUUCUAUAUGAUCUGCUUAUGAUGAGAAUAUCAGUUGGUGAUGAGGCAUUAAAAAACAAUUUGGAGAAUGGCAAACAAAACGCAAAGUAUACUAGUCCACAAUACCAAAAUGAAAUUUUGGACAUUUCGGCGAAAGUAAUUUAA